AUGGUUAAUGGCAUUUUGCUGCUUUCCAGUGAACCACGUCUUCGUGUUGUAACUGACCCUGCCUGUGAUCACCAGCCAAUCACAGAGGCCUCUUAUGUUAAUAUUCCAGUCAUUGCCUUCUGCAAUACUGACUCUCCUCUGCGAUUUGUGGACAUUGCCAUCCCAUGCAACAACAAGAAUGCUCAUUCUGUUGGCCUUGUAUGGUGGAUGUUGGCCCGUGAAGUACUUCGCCUGCGUGGUACCAUUUCCCGUACAUUGCCUUGGGAAACUGAUGUUAUGCCUGAUCUCUUCUUCUACAGGGAUCCUGAAGAACAAGAAAAGGAAGAGGCUGCUAAAGCCGAGGCCCUCAAGGCUGAGGCUGAACAGCUGAAGGCUGAUGCAGCUGCUGCAGAGAACUGGGGAACUGAUGCCGAGAUUCCUGAUGCUACUGUUCCUGCUGUAGGCACAGGCGCUACAGUUCCAUCCCCUGUGGCUGGAGCUGCUCCUGGCGCUGCACCUGCUGCUGCUGCCGCCCCUGCAGGACCUGUUGAUGACUGGGGUCAGGCUGGUGAUGAUUGGGCUGCCACAACCUGCGCUGGAACUGGUGAUGACUGGGGAGGUGCCCUGAUGGUACUCAUGGGAUUUGAGCAACAUGCAGAAGAAACUGACCCUGAACGCAUUAGUCAGAUAAUAAGUCGGGCAGUGGAGGAUGGGAAGUGGGUUAUUGAAAAGGAGUGGAUUGAUGUAUUUCCUGAGGAGUGGUUGGGUUUACCUCUGUUUUCUAACUAUCACCUUUAUUCUUGGUCUUUAAAUGAUAGCAGUAGUACCAAUCUCCAGUUAAAGCAGCCAGCAGCGCUGAUCUCCAGUUAA